GUGGUCACACAUGUACUCAUAAGUCAUAGCUGCAUGGCAUUUUUUUGGUUUAUUUAUUAGUUUUGUUAGUUACGUUACAGGCCACAACAUGUUAACUAGUUUAUGCCUAUUUUCAAAUAUCAUUCACGUAAUUUUUUUGUGACCUAAAGUAUUCGGCUUUUCUGAGUAACACAAGCAUCAGUCAGUAAGGGAUAUGAAGGGCAAUAGCAGCCUCGGACUCUUGGGGUUUGUCGUGAGAACAUAUAUUUCUCCAUUUAUCCACAAAGACAGAUAUCGCAGAUACUACUGUUCGGGAUCUCAUACUAAAGAUGACAGCAAAGCGACAGAGUUAAACCGUAAACUGGGAUCAGGUCCGAGUCUUCAAGACUUCAUCAAGACCUCAAACAAGAGUGCAGACGAGUUACAUGAGGAAUAUGAGGAGCACUAUAUGACCCAAUAUACAAGCUCAACACAUUCACGGAAAGUGUAUUUUGAAACGUAUGGCUGUCAGAUGAAUGUCAACGACACUGAAAUAGCCUGCUCCAUUCUCCAGAAAGCAGGAUAUUCAAGAACCCUUCAGCUAACAGAGGCAGAUGUGGUGCUUCUCGUCACUUGUUCCAUCAGAGAAAAGGCAGAGCAGACAAUCUGGAACAGACUCAAGCAGCUCACUGCCUUAAAGAAGAGACGUCCAAAACAUGAACCUCCAUUAAAAAUAGGUGUUUUAGGCUGCAUGGCAGAGCGACUGAAGACUGAAUUGCUGGAGCGGGAGAGGUUGGUGGAUGUUGUUGCUGGACCUGACGCCUACAGAGAUUUGCCCCGGUUGCUUUGUCUUGCUCAUGAUGGCCAGAGGGCCAGCAAUGUGCUGUUAUCAUUAGAAGAGACGUACGCUGAUGUCAUGCCUGUCCAUCGGACUCCACAGGGACACAGCGCUUUUGUGUCCAUCAUGCGUGGCUGUGAUAACAUGUGCAGUUACUGUAUCGUACCUUUCACUCGUGGCAGAGAGAGAAGCAGACCGGCGUCUUCCAUUCUGGAGGAGGUCCGCAUGCUUUCAGAUCAGGGAGUAAAGGAGGUCACCCUGCUGGGCCAGAAUGUGAACAGCUAUAGGGACCUGGCUGAGGAGCAGUUCAGCAGUUCUGAGCUCAACCCUCAGCUCAGCCGAGGCUUCAAGACCGUUUACAGCACAAAACAAGGAGGUCUUCGCUUUGCAGACCUGCUAGACAAAGUAUCACUCAUCGAUCCUGAUAUGAGGAUACGAUUCACCUCACCACAUCCCAAAGACUUCCCUGAUGAGGUGUUAAAGUUAAUUCAGGAAAGAAAAAACAUCUGCAAACAGAUUCAUCUGCCAGCACAGAGCGGCAGCAACCGGGUUCUUCAUGCUAUGAGACGUGGCUACACCCGAGAGGCAUAUCUUGAGCUUGUGGAAAACAUUCGCAAACUAAUACCAGGUGUGAGUUUAAGUAGUGAUUUUAUCUCGGGCUUUUGUGGAGAGACUGAAGCAGAUCAUCAGCAGACACUCUCUCUCCUCAGGGAGGUGGGCUAUAAUGUGGGCUUUCUCUUCGCCUACAGCAUGAGGAAGAAAACCCAUGCAUAUCACCGUCUGCAAGAUGACGUUCCUGCACAGGUGAAACAGCGUCGAUUGGAGGAGCUCAUCACUGUUUUUAGAGAAGAGGCAGCCAAAGUUAACAUGUCUCUGGUCGGCAGCACAGAGCUUGUGUUGGUGGAGGGAGAAAGUAAAAGAUCUUCUGAGGAACUUUGUGGUCGUAGUGAUGGAAAUGUGAAAGUGAUUUUUCCUUGUGCAGAUUUGCCUGUUCAACCAGGUAAACCUCAGAAAGAUGCCAUAACCCCUGGAGAUUAUGUUUUAGUCAAGAUCACAUCUGCUAACUCCCAGAGUCUGAGAGGACAUGCCCUGAUACACUCCUCACUCAGAAAAACAAAAACAUCUAAACAUCAUCUAAUUGAGGAUUCAGUUUCAUGCUGACUAAGAGGUUCCCUAAGCACUGUCACACUUCACUGUAUGCUGAAAUAAAUCCAUAAAUUGUUAUCAGAGAAGAAUGUCUUUUGUAUUUAUUUAUGCAAGACAUUAGAUUUUUUUUAUUCGUACGCUUUGGCAUUAAGAUUAUUAUGUGAAUGGAACUCUUUCAAGUAAUUCUUGUUUUAAGGCACAUUGAGAACAGCAUGAUUAUUUAAUCUCCCUUUACUUUGAUUAAUUAGGCACAAAAUCUAAAUUGAAAAAACUGUAGUAUUGUAUACUUUGUAUCUUUGAAGAGUAUUUAGUUUGAUAAAAUGUAUAAAAGAGAGAUACUGCUGUACGAUUAUUUACGCAAACUUACCGCGUGCGGUUCAUGAUCUUUUAGAGCCGAGACCCAUCCAUCUAUCAGUUUAAAACGAUAUCCAAAUCCAGAGUUAUAUCCUACAUUUAUAUAAAAUUAGAAAUAGAUAUAUUUAUAUUAGAAUGAUCCAAUAAAAGACAAAGAAAAUUUGUUACGUAAGGUCUUUUCAUGUUCGGGGAUAAUUAAUGGAGGGAAAUUAAUGAUAAAGUUACAACUUUUUCCCCCAAACCGUAGUAACUCUAUGGGAGAUCAAUUCUUUGAACCAAGUUGAUUACACCACAAAGGUGGAGAAGUUAUGACGUAAACUAAUAAAUACGUUCAGAUUGAAUUAAUG